AUGUGCUAUGUACUACCAGAAUGUGUGGGAAUAGCAUCUCAAAUCUUAGAAACAUCAGUACAACCUUUAGUGGAUUGUACGUCAAAUGCCCAUUCACUCACACUCUUGCUAAGUGAAUUUUCGAAGAACUUUCUUUUUAACAAUUUGUGGAUCAGAAGGCCCAUCGCGUUUUUCUUCGGAAAAUUUUUUUUUUUCUUUCGAGCAGGAGUUUUAUUGCAGCUCAUCCCAUUUUGUGUGCGAUUUGGUGGGUGA